AAGAAACAAAAAAAAAAAAAAAAAAAAAAAAACACACGUCAGAUCCUCUACAACAGUACGGGAGAUGGAUAACAGUAAACGGACUGUGAUCGUUACAGGUUUUGGGCCAUUCGGAGAGCACACGGUCAACGCCAGCUGGGUAGCAGUACAGGAACUGAAGAAGCUUGGACUCGGCAGUGAAGUGGACUUGCAUGUGUAUGAGGUUCCUGUAGAGUACCAGACAGUCCAGAGUUUGGUUCCUUCAUUAUGGAAGCAGUAUCAUCCACUGCUGGUUGUUCAUGUUGGAGUCUCGGGUAUGGCCACCACUGUCACGCUGGAGAAGUGUGGCAGAAAUCAUGGCUACAAGGGUCUGGACAACAGCAGCUUCUGUCCUGAUUCACAGUGUUGCAUUGUGGGAGGCCCAGACUGCAUUGAUUCAGUAAUUGACAUGGAAUCAGUCUGCAAGAGAGUGACCGCCUCCGGACUGGGAGUAACUGUGUCCGUCUCCAAAGACGCCGGAAGAUAUCUCUGUGAUUUCACCUACUACACGUCUCUGUACCUGAGCCGUGGUCGCUCUGCCUUCAUCCACGUGCCUCCUCUUGGAAAGCCUUACAGCGGGGAAGACCUGGGUCGUGCACUGAAGGCCAUCAUCCAAGAGAUGCUGGAGCUUCUGGCCCAGGCCGAGGAAAAGAUACACUGCCAGCAGCACUUCCACUAAGUGACCUCCAGAUGCCAACCAGCUUCUCCAGCCCUCACCACACCAGAGAAAUUGCACUUAACCACAACUAGCCAAACUUCUUUCUUUUAUAAUUGUUGUCUUCACUUGGACAAAAUGAACACUUCAGCAUAUAGGAUGUUUCCCGUGUUCACUUAUCCUUGUCUUAGGGUUUUGCGUUUUGUUUUGCUAAGCCUGAUUCAGUUAUGUUUCGAUGUCUCCCGAUGGUGAGAGGAUAAAAUGGGAGUCUGAAGACAACCCUUGAUCACAUUUUAACAUAAGCUUUUGUCCCACUUCCAAGGAACAUGAAACCUUCUGGCUUUGGAGUUUAACUUCUGGGAAUUAAGUUCACUAAGGAAAUGCAGCGGCAGAGUGCUGCUCAUAUUUGUUUAUAUGCAGAUACAGUGAAGAACCAUAUGGUCUGUAAUGUAGCAGAUAUUACAACCUAUAGCCCCAAAAGUGACUUCUAUUAUUGCACCUUAUAGGGUUAGGGUUAUUGAAAUAGUUAUAGAAGUCACAUUUGGGAAAACCCUUAAAUGUACUCUGUAAAGCUUCAUCCUCAAAUUUUGAAUUUCACUCUGUCACAAUAUAUAUGUUUCAGUCAACAGGUGUUUACACCUGAAUAUCUAUAGAUGGUUAAUGUACAUGAUACAUUAUGGUUUAAGUAGAAAUGUUUAGCAGUAAACUGUGUUUGCUAAUUUCAGUUUGCUUCAGAUAUUUUUUUCCAGCUGCUCUAGAGCCUAACUGUGCUGUUUCACAUUUGAUGUUGAAUUGUUUCUCGAGUCCUUUUUCUUUAUAAGAAGUUUUUCAAAGAAAUUUACCUUCUUUUACAAAGGUUAUUUAAAUCAGGGAACGGGUUGGUUCCAGCUCAUUUUCCCCCAGUUUGUUGGCCCAAUUCUGACAGAAAAACCCCAAAUUCACCUCACUGUGAUCUGGCCCCCGGCUGUGCAAUGAUAUUUUACAGAUCUCAAGUCUGUCGAUUCAGGAAGUUCAUGUUGUGGGUUUGUCAAAAUUCAAUUAUGGCUGCACAGCUUUCUUUUGCUCCCUUCAUUGAAUCAGACAUAGUUGCUUAUUUUACCUGAGGAUUUGAUUUGAUGAAGUUGGACUGUCAGUUCAGUCAGAGUUGGGUCUGGACUUUUAUUUCUGCAGCACUUUCUUUUUUUCUAUAUUUGUUUUGUUUUUCAUUUUUACUUAAUCUGGAACACGGACAGCAUUUUUCAUGCAAUGUGAAUGUUUGUAUUUUUCUUUUCAGUCACUUUAACUUGAAAUAUGUAGCUUUCCAGACAUCCACACAUCCAUUUUUUUUUUUUUUUAAC